AUGUCGUGCACCCUGGUGCCCUUCGGCCACUUCCAGGACUUGGAGGCGGCCCGCGACUUCCUGUGCCCGCACCGCCGCCCGGCCAGCGCCGCGCCCGCCCGCGACAGCGGUAAAUCAGCAAACUGGGAAGAUGAUGGCUGGGGAGCCUGGGAUGAUGCUGAAGUACAAGAACCUGAAGAAGAGGAAUCUGCUUCUAAGAACCAGAGAAAUUACUGGCUUCACAGCUGCGUGUUGUCCUUGUCACCAACAAAUGACUUGAUGGUAAUAGCUAAUGAGCAGAAAGCUGUCUUUUUAGUGCCCAAAUGGAAGCACAGUGACAAGGGAAAGGAGGAGAUGCAGUAUGCUGUUGGCUGGAGUGGCUCUCUGAAUGUUGAAGAUGGUGAAUGCGUCAGUAGUGUGUUGUGUAUCCCAUUGGCAAGUCAGAAGAGGAGUUCCACGGGCCGCCCUGACUGGACCUGCAUUGUGGUUGGCUUCACCUCUGGCUACGUUCGCUUCUACACUGAGAGUGGAGUACUGCUUCUUGCACAGCUUUUAAAUGAAGAUCCUGUCCUGCAGCUUAAGUGCAGAACCUACGAAAUUCCCAGGCAUCCUGGUGUCACAGAACAGAAUGAAGAACUCAGUAUUUUGUAUCCAGCAGCAAUUGUGACAAUUGAUGGUUUCAGCCUCUUUCAGUCCCUUCGUGCAUGUCGUAAUCAGGUAGCAAGAGCUGCAGCAUCUGGCAGUGAGAAUGUUCAGCCACCACCACUGGCUUACAAGAAGUGGGGCUUGCAGGAUGUGGAUACAAUCGUUGAUCAUGCUAGUAUUGGUAUCACAACACUGUCUCCUUUUGAUCAAAUGAAGACUGCCUCCACUAUAGGUGGAUAUAAUGCAGCUAUAAAAAAUAGCCCUCCUGCUAUGUCUCAAUAUGUUACUGUUGGAUCCAAUCCUUUCACUGGCUUCUUUUUUGCUCUAGAGGGUAGCUCACAACCCCUAUUGUCUCAUGUUGCCUUAGCAGUUGCAAGUAAACUCACUUCAGCAUUAUUUAAUGCUGCCAGUGGCUGGCUUGGUUGGAAGAGCAAACAUGAAGAAGAACCUGUCCAGAAACAGAAACCAAAAGUUGAACCUGCCACCCCAUUGGCAGUGAGGUUUGGACUUCCAGAUUCCCGUCGGCAUGGUGAAAGAAUAUGUCUCUCUCCAUGUAACACUUUGGCGGCAGUAACAGAUGACUUUGGAAGGGUUAUUUUACUGGAUGUUACAAGAGGACUUGCAGUUCGCAUGUGGAAAGGAUACCGUGAUGCAGAAAUUGGUUGGAUACAAACUGUAGAGGACCUUAAUGAGAGAGAAACUGAGAAGAUGGAUUUUUCUCCUUUCGGACAUGCGCAGGGUCCAAGCAGAGUGGCUCAGUUCCUUGUAAUCUAUGCACCAAGGAGAGGAAUCCUGGAAGUGUGGAGCACUCAGCAAGGCCCUCGGGUUGGGGCCUUCAAUGUGGGGAAGUGCUGUAGACUGUUGUAUCCGGGUUAUAAAAUAAUGGGUUUAAACAAUGUGACCAGUCAGGGAUGGCAGCCUCAGACCUACCAGAUAUGUCUUCUUGAUCCAGUCUCUGGAAGUGUAAAAACCAUCCACGUACCUUUUCAUUUAGCACUGAGUGAUAAAAAGAGUGAGCGAGCAAAAGACAUGCACCUAGUGAAGAAAUUAAAUGCAUUACUCAAGGCUAAAACUUCAGAUCCUGACUUGGUUGAAGCUGAGGCAAAGGAAUUAAUCCUGGAUAUUAAAUACCCUGCUACAAAGAAACAGGCUCUGGAAAGUAUAUUGGCAAGUGAACGUGUGCCACUGUCAUCUCUCACAAGCAUCACUCAGACAUUGAUGGAUGAUUUAAAAAAACAGGAGCUCGAGUGUGUGGAUGAAGCACUACUACAGUUCUGUGCGAACAAAUUGAAAUUGUUACAUCUUUAUGAACUAGUUAGCAAACUAAAUUCCCAGAAAAUGCAGGAAGAUGCUCCACCUACAGAUAAUGAUUUGGCUAAGCUGCUUCGUCUGGACCGAAAGGAUUUUCUUAGGCUUCAAACAUUACUGGAGAACUACAAGCAAGAAAACGCUGAAACCCCUGAAACUGCUGUUCAGUUUGCUGAUGAGAAAGAUUGUGUCCUGUCUGUGAAAACCUUCUUAGAGUAUCUAGAGUAUGAAAAGGAUACAAUUAAUGUGAAAAACAUGGAAGAUAGAGAGUAUGUGGCUUUAGGCAGCUUUUUCUUCUGGAAAUGUUUGCAUGGAGAGAGUUCCACUGAAGAAAUGUGUCACACACUGGAGUCAGCUGGUUUCAGCCCUCAGACCUUGUUGUCACUCCUCCUCAAUCUUUGGCUUUCCAAGGAAAAGGAUAUUCUAGAUAAACCAGACUCUAUCAGCUGCCUUCACACUAUGCUGUCACUUCUGAGCAAGAUGAAAGUUGCCAUAGACGAGUCGUGGGACACUCAGUCGGUGUCCCCCUGGUGGCAGCAGAUGCGCUCGGCUUGUGUUCAGUCGGAGCACAACGCGGCAGCCCUGCUCUCUGCCCAUGUCGGGCACGCCGUCACCGCAGAGAUCAUCGACAGCGUGGCCGAGAAAAAGUUUUCCCAAAUAAUUGUAGGUUCAGAUACGGACUCAUGGGAGGCACUUUCUCUUGAUACUGAAUACUGGAAACUUUUGCUGAAACAGUUAGAAGACUGUCUAAUACUUCAAACACUGCUGCAGAGCAAAGUGAGCAAGAAGACAAAGAGAAUUCCAUCUCUACAGACUGAGCCUUUGGGCAAACUUUCUGUCAAGAAACUGCUUGAAGGUGGAAAAGGAGGCUUUGCUGACGCCGUUGCAAAAUGGGUUUUUAAGCAAGGCUUCAGCCCUAUCGUACUGAAUUUGGCAAAGCACAAAGAAGAUGCUGACAGUACUGAGGAAUCGGUGGACACAUAUAGUAACAUCUUUCUUGAGGAACCAGAAGCACUUGCAGGCUUGGAACCAAUCCUAGGAUUGUUGCAACUGGCAUAUGAGCAAUUUCCUUGCAGUCUUGAACUGGAUGUACUCCAUGCGCAUUGCUGUUGGGAAUAUGUAGUGCAAUGGAAUAAGGACCCAGAGGAAGCAUGUUUUCUCAUUAGGUCUAUAGAUCAUCUUAGAUGUAUCAUUAACGCCCACGUUCAACAUGGUAUCGCUCUGAUGAUGUGGAAUACAUUCAUAGUAAAAAGGCUUUCUUCUGCUACUUAUCUAAUGGACAAGGUUGGAAAAGCUCCCAAGGACAGAUUGUGCAGAAGGGAUGUAGGUAUGGGUGACACUGCUAUGACAUCUUUUCUUGGCUGCUGUUCAGAUCUUCUACAGACAUUACUAGAGGCCGACGUGGGCAGCGAUGAAAUGGCGGCGCCCGCGCUGGGCACCGAGGACGCCUGGCUGGCGGCCGAAGGACCCGUGUCCAUCGUGGAACUCGCCCUCGAGCAGAAGCGCGUCCACUACCCGCUGGUGGAGCAUCAGUUUGUGUUGUGUACUGUCCUGCACCUCAUCAUGAGGUUCGCUCUGAAGAGUGUGAAGCCCCUCUCACUUUUUGACAGUAAGGGCAAAAAUGCCUUUUUCAAAGACCUUACUUCAAUUCAGCUUUUACCCAGUGGAGAUAUGGAUCCAAAUAUUUUAUCCAUACGACAACAGUUCUUGGCGAAAGUUGUGAGUGCAGUGGUUCAAAGCCUGUGUUCAUCACAGAAGGCCAAAGGAGCCCUGGAAGAGGAGUUGUUUCCUUUCGAAAAGGAGAAGGAUUGGCCAACGUUGGCUGUGGAUCUGGCUCAGCAUCUUCAAAUCUGUGAGGAUACGGUUCGAAGGCUUUAUGUAUGUGAACUGUAUAAUUAUGGAAUGGAUCAUCUCGGUGAAGAGGCCUUUCUUCAGGUGGCUGACAAGGAAGUGCUUGCAUCUCAGCUCCUCAUACUGACUGGACAGAGACUGGCCUUUGUUUUACUUCACAUGCAGACGAAGGAGGGGAUGGAGCUCCUUGCAAGGCUUCCUCCAAUGCUCUGUACUUGGCUUAAAGCUAUGGACCCCCAGGACCUUCAAAAUCCGGACGUGCCAAUUGCAACAACAGCUAAACUGGUUAACAAAGUAAUAGAGCACUUACCAGAGAACCAUGGGCAGUACAGCCUUGCCUUGAACCUGAUAGAGGCUGUAGAAGCAAUCUCAUCAUGA